AUGUGUUCAACGCUGUUAUGUCUCACUCUUGCAUACACUGUGCCUCCCCCCCUCCGCCCACCCCCCCUCUUCCCCACAUCCCGUGCUGGUGCGAGCAACAAGCUGAACCGCAACUAUCUCACAGGCAUGGUGCUGGCAGUGGGCUCAGCCGUGAAGUCCCUCAACGUGGCGGGAAACUUCCUCUCGGGCACCUUCCCCACCGCCGCCCUCACCGCAUGCGACGCGCGCUCCAACUGCUUUGUGGACGCCACCAAGUGCGCCAACACCAACGGCACUGCGCAACGCACCACUACCGGCUGCAACAUCUGCUUCUCCACCGGCACUGCCGACGCGCUGUGCGGCGGCGGCUACUGCAUGCUGGAUGCCAUCGUGCCGGCCGGCGCCGGCACGCCCAACGCGGAGGGGCAGGCACUGCUGCCCAUGUUCUGCCAGGGCGGGCCCAUCGAGAUUAACAUGCGCGGCGCCAUGCUAAACCUCAAGGCAUCACUGGGAGUGACGUUCACGGACUGGACUACUGCGUCGUCAUGCACCAUUGCAGGGCAGAGCCCCGUGGCAGGCGCGUGGUCCAAGGUGGUGUGUGACACGGCCGGCAAGGUCAUCAGCAUAGUGUUGGAGAGCAGCCUGCUGCAGGGCCGUCUGGCCUACUUCACCACGACCUUCAAGGCCCUCACUGCGCUCAAGCUCUUGUCAGUCGCCGCUGCUUGCCACCUGGAGUCCUACGCCAUACACCAUGUCUUUUACGAGCCAGUAUGCUGUCUCAUGGCCUGUCUGCCUUGUCCGUGUGCUCACCACCCGCCCGCCACAUGCUGUAUCGCCCUCCCUCUCAGAGACGUGAGCUACAAAUACCUCACGGGGACCUUGCCUUCCCUUGGCACAGCGCUCAAGAACCUGCGGAUCGGAGGCAACUGGCUGUCCGGCAACAUCGGCACGCUCAGCGGCGUGAUGUGCUCAGCCCUGUUCAACUGCCUGGACACCCAAGGCAGCUGCACCAGCGGCGGCAAUCAGCAACGCCCUGCUGCCGGCUGUACCAUCUGUAGCAGCGUGAAGGCGGAGGUGUUGAUGUGCAGGGGAGGGCUGUGUGUGCCUGACGCCACAAGUGCCGUGGCGAAUGGGGAGUUCCGACGCUGUCCACGCCCUACUCGCCCCUCCGUCCUAUCUCGACCACUCUACUCCAUUCACGGCACUGGGCGACAUCAAGACGGCGUUGGGGGUGACGUUCACGAACUGGGUGGCGCCCACAACGUGCUCAAGCCCAAGGCGGCGCUGGGCAGUGGCAGCGUGGCGCUGACGGACUGGACGGUCACGGACGGCUAUUGCACGGUGGAGGGGCAAACCCCCGUUGCCAGCUCGUGGUCCGGCCUGCUCUGCAACUCCCUCGGCCAACCCGUCAACCUGGAUCUGAGCUACAACUUCUUCAAAUGCCCCACCCUGCACUACCCUGCCCCGCCCUGCCCCACCCUGCCCCACCCUUCCCCACCCUGUCCUACCCUGCCCAACCGCGCUGCCCUCUCCUCCCAAGCGAAUCCCAUCCACCCCUAUCCUCGUGCAUUUCCCCGUCCUCUUUCCAUCCGCGCUGCUCCCUCGGCUCUAUUCUUCUCUUACCUCUCAUCUGUCGUGCGGCCCCGCCCCCAUCACUGCCUCUUGUGCCCCAUGCUCCUGCUCCCGUGCCCUCCCUCGUCCCAUACUGCCAUCCCUUGUCCCUUCUCAUUCGCCCUCCCCCCCUUUCCUCCCCACCACCCUACCUGCAGCGAGCUGAACUUGAACCCGCUCACCGGCACGUUCCCCGCAACCAUCUCCACCGCACUCAAGCGCCUACUGGUGGACCGGAACUUCAUAGCAGGCACGUUCCCAGCCAACAGCGCCACCUACUGCACCGCCUACGGCAACUGCAUUUCCACCUACACCACCUGCAACUCGUUCUACCCCAACUCGCCCGUUGGCAACUGCAAUAUCUGCCGCAUGACCAAUGUGCUGGGCACGGCAUGCAUGAGCAACCCAUGUGUGCCCGUGACACCAUCGCCCAUCACAGCCACCAACAGAUGGGACCCCAUGCCCACCAUGCGCUGCGUCCCCGUGCCCAUCCAAGCCACCCAAGGCAACCCACCCAUUACAUGA